AGUCCCGAAGUGUAACCAGAAGUACCGGCCAAAGCCCUUUUACCUGUCAAAACUGUGUCGUUUGAACCGGAGGACAGAUAGCAACAAUCAAUGGCGUCUUAGGCCAAGCUCCAACGAGUAGCUGAAGCUGAUAGAAGCCAUGGCGGAUCCCUACUACAGAUACAGUGCAUCCGAGGACAGAGUAUCCAGUGUUGCAAGGCCCAGCUUUCCUGGCUACCUGUCGGCUGAAGCACCACCAUUGCCGUCUUAUCCGAAUUUGGGCUCUACUAAUUUGCUUGCUGCUUCUUCAAAUUUCCUGCAGAAAGAUGUGCAGAUAAACUCAUUGCAACCUGGUGCAUAUCACUUUGAUGAUAUUUCGGGUGCUGGAGCUCGUCCUGAUCCUGGUCUUGGUGGUGUAACGGCAGUAGCUAGCACUAAUGGCUUCCCGUCUCCUCUAGAAGAUCCAAACCAAGGACGAGAUGUUGCACCAGGCGUUAGUCCGGGAAUUCGUUCCAUGAGUAAUGAAAUACCUAGCUCUUUGAGAAGCGGUGAUGGCUUCCCAGUUCCAGCUAGGGAAUCAAAUGUUCUGUUUGUUGAUAAACUUCCAAAUGACUGUACCAGAAGAGAAGUGGGUCAUCUUUUCCGUCCAUUUAUUGGCUAUAAAGAUAUUAAAGUUAUUCACAGGGAGCCCAGACGUAGUGGAGAUAAGGCUAAGGUUUUGUGCUUUGUGGAGUUUGCUGACUCUAAAUGUGCUCUGACUGCCCUGGAAGCUAUUCAAGGUUACAAAUUUGAUGACAAGAAACCUGACUCUUCUGCCUUGAGCAUCCAAUUUGCACAUUUUCCAUUCCGCCAACCAUCUGAUCAUGAUGAGGAACGCAAUGCGGUCCCACGCUGACCACAAGUACCUGAUCCUGGGAUUACAAUUGCUAAAAGAAAAAUGCUUGUCCAUUCUGAACUAAAAUCAGUUUUGUCAAAGCUUGACCUUUGUCAUGUGUAUAAUUGUGUGGUGGUGGUUGAUUUUUCUUGAUCAUUUGUUCUGGUGCUUCAACGUUGUAGUUAUACAAGUAAAAUUUGUGCUGAGAUAUUUGACAAUUUUAAAAAGGACAGUUUGUCUAUAAAAUUGUCAUGUCAUUAUUAUCAUGUGAGAAACAUAUGCUUUUUUUUAAUAGCAUGCGAGAAACACAUGAUUUUUUUAAAUUGAAUUUCAUUUAACUCUUUUAAUGCUAUUAGAAAGCAUGUAUUUCUUAUAUGCUCAAGAGACACGUGACAAUUUUAUAGACUAGGUUAGAAGAAAUUUUCUACCCCAGUUUAGAAGAAAACUAUCAUUUUAAAAAUUAACAGUUUUUUGUAGUCGGAUAUACUUUUCCUGAAGAAUUAAUUAAGAAUGUUAUGUGAUUA